AUGUCCAAAGGGGACUUAGCCCAGAUCAGCCAUAAUAAGAGGAAGACAGCCCGGAGAACGGCAAGCAGGGAGAGACUGCAUAUUGGACAAAUGCAUUAUAAGUGCAGUGAAUGGGGGAAAGUUUUCAGUCACAAAGAUAGACUUGUCCAGCACCAGAGGAUCCACACUGGAGAAGGGCCAUAUGAGUGCAGUGAAUGUGGAAAAGCCUUUAGUCAAAAAGACAACCUGGGCUGGGGAUACAACCUUAUUCAGCAUAAGAAAAUCCACCCAGGAGAAAUGCCUUGUAAGUGUUGUGAAUGUGGAAAAUACUUUAGCCAUCACUCUAGCCUAAUUGUACACCAGAGAGUGCACAGGAGAGCAAGGCAUCACAAGUGCAAUGAUUGUGGGAAAGUCUCCAGACACAAAUCCACACUUUUACAGCAUGAAAGCAACCAUACAAGAGAAAAUCCUUAUGAUUGCCGUGAUUGUGGGAAAUCCUUUGGCCACAAAUACACUCUCAUUCAACAUCAGCAAAUUCACACUGAGACAAAGCCUUUUGAGUGCACCGAAUGUGGGAAAUUCCUUAGACGAAGCUCUGACUUUAUUGCACACCAGAGGGAUCACACAAAGGAAAGGUCUUUUGUGUGCAGUAAAUGUGGGAAAGACUUCAUCAGAACCUCCCACGUUGUUCGGCAUCAGAAAGUACACACAGGAGAAAGGCCCAAGGAGUGCAGUUGA